AUGACUGCGCAAGAACAAAUGAAAAAGAUGUUAGAUGAGCUAAUGGGAACCCAAAGGGAUGGUAAGUAGUGAUAUGUAUACUGCGAAAGCUAUACGGAUGCCCACUACUUCUUGCCAUUGCAUGUGUUGAAGUCUUUCCACGCUAAUUGUAUAAAGCUUACUUGAAAUCAUUUUCUUACACCGGUUAUUUUAAUUUUGCAUAUUGACUAAACUAGAAAACUGGGUUGUGAUGUCGACGGUAGCUCAAUCAAGUGGAGUGAGUUUUUGUCUUACACAUGUUUCCUUGCUUGUCGAAUUUUACCUUAGUUAUUUUAUACAAAAGGACGUUCUAUUGCUUACGAAACUCGUAUAUAUUUUUUAAUGAGAACGCCUCGUUCAUUCGUAUUUGUAAUAAAACUGUAUGGUAUUCUAGAAAGAGAAUUUUUACAUGAAUUUACUGGAUGAUCUAAAGUUACUUUUCCUGAGAACGAACAAGACUAGCUAAUAUAUACAGCAUAACAGAAGUCCCUUGCUGUAGGUUCCUCAUUGGCUUAUAAAAAUUAAAAGUCACAUAAGCUUCAAUGAUUGUCAAAGAUUAUGCCUUUUUAACGAAAAAUUUGCAUAGAUAUUUCUUGUCUAAAAUAACCUUCUGGUUUAAAAGGUUUCAACCCAGUUUCAUUCUCAAUUUCUUUUGUCUCCUAGCUGUAGUUAUUCAUUAUCAUGAAUAAUUAGGGCUAGAAAACAGGGAAUAAAACUAGGUCGAAACUAUUUUAACCUGUAUUUUAUUUUGACCUACAAAAUACCACUUGCAUGAAAGGUGUUCUAAAGACAGCUGUUUAUGUGGCAAUUUAAUAAUAAAGUUUACGACCAAAAUACAAACAGGGCUAAAAAUUGGCAGUUGCAUGAUAGCUAAUGCUUGAUCCCUCAGUAUGUGACUACAGUACAAUUGAGUAGCACUUUUGUGAAGUUCAGAGGGAAGAAAAAAAAUAGCAAGCAGUUUCCUUGGACUCCCUUUUGUCUCCUUUUCUUCAGCUCCGGUUUAUAAUGAUUUUAGAUAAUGAAGUGAAAAAUUCUGAGCGAUUUUGAAGUGUAUUAACACUAGUUUAAUAUUUUUGUUGUCAGUUGAUUCUGAGUCACCCAGAAUAUUUUGUGCUCCUUUUUUGGUAAUUACCCUGCUUCAACAUCACUUUAAGAGACCACCGAAUUUUAGCCAGGGGCACUAAGAAUUGAAGAAAACUGGUCCAACUGGGAACCAAGGCCUUGUCCACUGGUAAUAUUAGAAAACAGAGGGUUUUUUCCUCCGUUUUCGAAAAAAUAUGAAUACGUACCUAGCACAUGAAAACACCAAAACAAUGGAUAUACAAUAGCAACCCUAACAAAACAUGUGUUUUGAUCUGUUAACAUGAAAACAAUAAGCAAGCAUUUAAAAAACUCCACUCCUUGGACCGUUUUUGAAAACUUGCACUUUUUGGUUUUCGAAAACACUGUUUACGUGUGGUACAGAUGGCUGAAUCUGAGAAAAAAUCUUCAUUUUCAAAAAUAUCUGGGUAUGUUAAUCAGGUUAAAUUUUUUAACAUAGGUUGAUUCUCAAUUUCUUUUGUCUCCUAGCCCUAACAAUUCAUAAAUUAGUGCAAGGAGACACAGGAAGUCUAGAAUCAACCAAGGUUAAAAAAUUUUAACCUGAAUUUAAUUUUGACCAGUAACAGAUACAUGUGGAUGGGGCCUUAGGUCUGUUCUUAACCCUUUAAGUCCCAAUAGUGACCAACAUCAAUUUUCUCCUAACAAUAUCCAUACAAUGUCAAGAGAUUAGGUUAUGAGAAUUAACAAAAUGAUCAUCUAAGAGACGACACUUUCACCUUUUAUCAAAUUCUCUCAACCCAUCCAUGAAGGAAAUGUAUAGAGAUCAGUUUGGAGAAUUUGUAUGUGGAUGUUGGGGCUUAAAAGGUUAAUUUUUAGCCCUGUGUAAACUAAACUGGAGCAGCUGUUUAGAAAUGUCCUUUACCUGACAUUCGCUUAUUCAUUCUUGACUCUGAUGUUGUUUCUUUAUACAUUUUUGAAACAAGAUUUUUCUCCUUUUAAUUGGUCUGCUUCCACCCUUGAAUAAUUAGGGACCUUACAAAAGGGUGACAACCGCAGCAACAAGAAUACCGAAAAAAUUGUAGGUUUAUUGGGCGAAACAAAAAUUUCUUUUCCUUUGCAACUGCAACAUAUGAUGACCAAAUUUUGUGUUCUAGAGAAUAUGAAGUAUGCGAGGACAAUAGAUUUCGGUGUAUCUAUGUGAACUCAGUUGCAGUUCCCUCCCUUUUGUUCUAAGGUAAUUUUGUUGUUGAAUUGUAAGGUCCCUAAUGAGCGCUUGGGGUAGUACACUGUAAAGCUAAGGAUAGUCUAUCCCAUCCCUUCAAUCAUGUUACAUUGGAUGAAUGUAAUGCUCCCUGGGUUCCAGUGAUAUAAACCCCACUGUCCUGUUGGCCAUAUUUAACAAACACAUUAUUAUUGCUAUAGCAGGUCUAAGUAACUUGUAAUAGUUAUAUUUAUGUGUACAAGACGAUUGUUUAGUACACAUAAUGAUUGUGAUUAGGGAUAAGAUAUUGUUCCCCAGCAUUAAUACUAGAUGUUGAAUGCUUUCUCAAACAAGGCUCACUGAUAGUCAUGUACAUGUAGUGUGAGCAAGUUCAUUGGAUGCGUAAGUAGGGCGACGUAAGUAGGGCCAACAAAUUUCAAUUUUUAUUUUGUUAUGGUGGAGGGGAAGAACAUACUGUACUUACAACUGAGGCACAAUCAAUGCACUUUCAUUCUUAGAUAUUUAAAAAUACAACUUAAUGUCUUAUCUCAAGAAGUGAUUGAACUACUUUCAAGACAUAGAUAUUAUUGCUGAAUUAGAGGACAUUUCAGGGAACAGAAAUUGGAAUGAUCAAAGUUCUUCAUAUGUGCAUUGCAAAAGGGAAUAUCAAAUUUAAAUGGGAUUGUAACUUUGAAAAUAAGUAUCAAAUCCAUUCCAUUUAGUUGAAUAAAUUUCCAUGAACAGCAAAGAGAAAUGAUUAUGCAAAACAGGUGGCUGAUGAUUAAGAGAGGGCCACAGUUUGCGUUAGCUAAUUUCCUUCAAAACUGAAUAACACCAAACACUUUAACUACUCAGUCCUUCACUGUCAGCAAUACGUUUUAUUUAGAAAUGGUGGUUUACAUGCAUUAUCUGGUACAAAAUGAGGUGUGUACUUUUGUCUUUUUGAAAGGCUAAACACUGCAUUGUCAACCUAACUGUGUACUGUGGACACUCAGUUACAAUGAGUAUGAUAUGCUGAAAAUUACAAUCUAUUUGGAGAUGCUUUUAUGGGUAUUGUCUUAAGUCACAAGCAUCAUUAUAGAGCAUGAAAUAGAAUGCACAAAACAGAUAUUUUGGUAAACUACUAUACAGUACUUACUCGUGGCAAUACAACAGAAUGUUAGAUGUGGUACAAUGUGUAACGAUAGGGUGUACUAAACAAAACCAUCACAGACUUGAAGACAGACAGUUUACACAAAGCAGCCUCAUGAUUAGAUUUAUGUAAGUGACUUGAUGUACAACACAGGUUUUAAGCAGAACAAGACAAGAAUUCUGUAGAACACAAAAUAGUCAUGACAUGUACGGCUUUGUCACCAAACUGAUCAUGAUUAUUGAGGUGAAUUUUAUCUCUCGGGUCAAUUAAAUGUGUCCUGUUUAGUUCUUUAAGCCAUAAAUCUUUCUCAGACAUAAUUUUGUUUAGCUUUUGAUUUUUUUUGUUCGUCAUCUUCCUUAUUCCUUUAGGUGCAAGGCCAGGAGAUGAAAUCAAGUUUUUUGAUGACCGUGUCUGUAAGAGCUACCUUAUGGGACUCUGCCCGCAUGAACUUUUCAACAACACAGUGAGCAGUUUUUAUUCUUUUUUUUUCAUGUUCUCAAGUAACUUAAUAUCUUAGGUCUUGCUCACACAAGUCUGUUUGAAUUUGAAAAUGUACCUUUUGUGGUCCAAUAUUAUCCUUGGUUUAACUUUUAUUUCCUUUUAUUUUUAACUUAUUAUCAAACUUUACUAUAACCCAAAACAAAGGGAAAUAAAAAUUAAACCAAGGAUAAAAUUUAUCCACAAUAAAUCCCACCUUUUUUCGCUUACAAGAGUGGUUUUGUCUUGUCUCCAAUCUGAUUAAGUUUAUAAAUGAAUAAUAUGAUAUACAAUGCUUCAGACAGUGUGCGAGUUCGGGACUGCACAAUUCAACCAAAACCAUAACAAUAGUUCUGCAUUAUACUCAGUGAUGCGGCUAUACACAAUUUAGUUUCUAGAAAUACAUGUUUUACUCUUCAUAGCCACAAUUUUUAGAACCUUUUAAGUGCUUUUCAGAUCAUUCUCUUUUUAAAAACAACACUGUUUUUGCUUUCUUUAGUCAGAUUUGAUGAACAGUCACGAAAAGCUACUACAAGGCCUUCUUUGUAGCUUUGCGCUGUCUUGGCACUAGUUAUUUGUGAGAUAGAUUAGAUAUAUACCUGAUGACAGGGAUUUUCAACAAUUUCUCUUCCAGUGGUGCCAAAAGUCAAAAUUCCAAAAGAUAGUUCUUAUUUUAAUAAUUUGAAAACAUAAGCUAUUGAAAAUUUAUAUGUCGGGUCAUUUAUGGGAAUCCCUCCUCCCUGGGCAGUGGUAUAAGUGAGCACUGCAAAUCAGUGCAAGACACUGAUCUCAAGUUGGCAGUGUAAAACAUGUUAAGGGAACAGAUCACUCUAAUGACUGCAGAUCUGCAAAUAAUAGUCAGUCAUCAGACAAGUAAAAUUGGCCCUUGUCUGACAAAAUCUCAACUGUCAUUGGACAUGAUGUGUAUGUUGUAGUUAAUUUUUUUUAUCUCAGGUGGCUUUAAUUUUUCCUUUGCUUCAACUUCACUAGCAUACAUUAUCAUACCCAAAUUCAAAAGAAAAACAAAAAUUACCCGAGAUAAAAAAAUAACUGCAGCAUGUCCAGACAAAGUUAAUGCGUAAGACUAUCAUUUUGCAGACGAUCAAAAUCUAUCUUGACUGCAUGUAAAUUGUCCUGUCAAUGAAAUAACACUGUUGCAGUGAACAUAUGGUGGUAGUCAGGCUACCUGUGAAUCCAUCCUGUUAAUCAUUAAAGACACAUAAUGUGUACGUGGUGGAGAUUGACCACCAUUAAUUUGUUCUGUCCAACCCAUGUGGUGUUUUAACCAGACAUAAGUCAUGCUGUACAGUGAUGACAUCUGGCAGAUAAACUAUCACCUGUCCUUUUCUAGAGUUUAUUACUGCACUGUCAUUCCUUCAACAUUUUGGUCUCCUCCUGCUUUCCAUAGAUUUCAUUGUGACCAUAAUUUUUCUAAUUAACAUUAUUUUGUCAUGAAAGAUAUGCCAUGAGGAAAUGAAGGGAGAAAAGUUGCUAUUUUUUCCUUAUUUACAUUUGACUUACACUUUGCUUGUCUGUCACACAAUUUACAGUGUGAUUUAGCACCCUACCUUUUAUCUGUACAGUUACUACUUAUUUUACAAAUUAGGUGUUCAGCCUUUACAGAGAAUAUAAACAGUUUUGUGUUUGUGUCCUGUCUAUCCCUGAUUAAGUCUUGUUGUGUCCCUUUCAUGCUAUCCAUUGAUGAACAGUGGAUCUUCAAAGCUGUAAGUUAAAACUGUUCAUUAAGCCAUUUUUUUCCAAGUAAAUUUUCUUAAUUCCAUCAUAACCUGAUUACCCUGCAACUUGCCAUUUGCCGUAUUUCUUGUUGUAUGUUUCUCCUAGAAAAUGGACCUUGGUCCUUGUAACAAGAUUCAUGAAGCAGCUCUCAAAGCUGACUUUGAACUUGCAUCCAAGAGGAGGGACUAUGGUUAUGAUGUAGAUGUAAGUAGGGUACAUGUAAAAGCUAAGGCUGAAGUGCUGGAAGUAAGAUUGGUCAUAUUGGACAUUGUCUGACCUAUACUAUUGUGUGCAGAUAAUUUUGUACCUCAGUGUUUUGCAAACUAGCGUCAGUGAUAAUUUAUGAGAAUAUUUUUAUCAGAAUUAUGCCUAAAAACCUUUCUGCAUAAGGUGUGAAGGCAUAGUCUAUGUGAAGCUCCUUAAAACUGGCUGAAUUACAGUACAAGCAACUUAAGCUGCAAAAAAUGCCUUAUUAUAAAUAAUUAUUAUUUUUAUCCCACUGAAAAAUAAUUUAUUUCCCUGCAAUAUUCCAUGGCACUGCAUAUAUACAGUCAAACAGACCCUGCUGUCUGCAUGGUGGCAGAUUGCAAUAUUUCAAAGAAAAAAUGAAAUUAAGGAGGCUUUCCAUUAUCAGAACUGACUGGCCAGACCAUUCCCAUCGCAAUGGGAAUUUCACUUUUAAUAAAAACUAUCCAGCCAGAUCAGUCAGAUCCUAAAUAGUAUGCAUGAAGGAGAUGGCUUUUCAGCAAAAACUCUUGGAAAAAGCUUCUUGCUUUGUCAAAAUGACUGGUCCAACCAUGGUCUGGCCAGCCAGUUCUGACUUUUGGAAAGCGCCCUAAAAGGUCUGACCAAUAGUGGAAUAAAUGCCCUUGAAUAGCCAUACUUUAUUACUUAGGCUCCAUGAGAUACAGGUACAUAUAGCCCCAAAAAUAUGUAAAGAGUUGUGUCGUGAAAUUUAUUAAAAUUCAAACUGUGGGAACUGGCACCAAACUGAAUGAAACAUAAAAAUAACCACUAAAAACGUUGAAAGAAGGGACCACACAAAAGGAGGCACAGAUGGACAAAUUUGAAAAAGAUUGAAAUGGAUUUUAAUAUUGUGGUUUUUGAAUACUUGCUAGCCUAACAGUUUUUCAAAGUUCUUUUUUGUUGUUUGUAAUGUUUGAUAUGCUGUUUGGAAGGUGUAUUUAUUUGACACAAAGCUGUGAUCUUGUCAUUCACAAGUUAUAUCUCAAUUUUCAUAGCAAAAGAGGACAUGCAAUUCGCAUUAUAAACCAAAUGAACUCGUCAUCUAUGGCACAGCCCCUUUAAUACAGAGGCUGGACUAGGUUUUUGAGAGACAAAUUACAGGCUAAUCGGUAGUUGUUUUAUCUCCUAAAUUAACCAGCAAAUGGAACAUCUUGAGUCUUUUAUUAAGGACUGUGAUAGGAAGAUUCAGAUUGCCAAAAAAAGGCUUGAAGAAACACAAGAUGAUCAUCAGCAUGUCCCUGAGGUAUGUGUGAGCUUUAUGGUAUUGAAUUACAGGGUGAAAAACUGUUUGUCAGUCCUUUCUUCAUUCUCCCAGUCUAAACAUUCAUGGGUUUUACAAUGCAUGUUGCUUAGAUGCCAUUUCCUUGUAAAUUUACUGUCUUAUUUUUCUUCAUGAUAGCAAACCGGGGUGAAUACAAUCAGGCAAUAACAUUUAGCAAGGAUUCAGUUAUUGGUGGCUUUCCAGUUUGCUCGUGUCCUGAGCUUAUUUUUUUAAUUCGUUGAAGUUGAUGCUCCUGAAUAAGUGCCACACCAAAACAUUGAAAAAUCUAAUAAGUGCCACAACUCUCAGACUGAUCUGUAGUGUUGAAUGCUACUGAAAGGUUUUGUCUUUCAGUCAGUGAAAACUGAAAAAAACUGUAGGAAUGAUUGCAAAAACUACUCAGGUUAAAAUUCAUUGGCUAACAUUAUUUUAAUAAUGCCAUUUUUUUUUCAUUAGGCCCAAGCAGUUCAUGACUUGGCAGAACAAAUAGGAAAAAAGCUUGCAGAAGCUGAAGCUGUUGGUUUGUACCUUUACACAGUGAUUAAAAUUUAAACUUGAAAGCAGUGCACAAUCCUCUAGGAUGAUCAGAAAGCAUAUUUAUCACCCCGUCUGUAAACCCACUCCCCCAUACCUCAAAUUUUUAAAACACAUUGUGCCCUGGCCAGCAUAAACCUUUUUAUUACAAUGGACUUCCUCGCUUGGCUUUAAGGCUGCCAGCCAAGUACAGUGUCUUCUUGUGAAAAGCCAAUAAACGUCUUUAAGAGUCAUGAGGGUAAAAGCGUGUGUUGAAGCUGUUGUGUACACAUUGUACAGGUGCUGAGGGCAAAGUAGAGGAAUCAAUGGAGCUCAUGAAGGAGGUGGAAGACUUGAAAUCAAAGAAACGAAUAGCUGAGGUAGAACUUAUAUAUAUUUAUGUUUUUUUAAGUGGUACCAAUGACUUGCCCCUAGUUGCUAUGGAACUCAACACUAGUGAAGAAAUAACUUGUAAUUAAUGAAAUCAAAGCUCUGACAAUCACUUGUGUUUCUCAAGCCCAGUAUUUAAAAUACAAAAACAGAGGUGAACUUUGAAAAACUGUUAGCCUAUCUAGUUUCCAAAAACGUCGAUUGCAAUCUGCUUUAAUCUUCUUCAAUUUUUUUCCAUCCUUCCUUGACCUUCCUUUGUAUUUUCUUUGUUAUUUUCAAUGUUUUAAGGUCUUAUUUUUAUAUUUCUUGCAAUUUGGUGUCCACUUUCUACUGCCUGAAUGUAGUUUAAUGUCGUUUCACAGUUCCUUUUAAAGUCAGCUUUAUAUCAAGUUCAUGAUUUUGUUAAGCUUCUGCUGCUUUGCUUUGUACCAUGUACAGCUCAUGGCAGAAAAAAAAGAAAGAAGGAACGAAACAAGAGUUUAGUUGUUUUGCAUAACAGAUAGUAUACAAAGAAAUAAAUACAUGUACUGACAGCAGAUGAAAUGGUAAUACCUUGCGUCGUUUGACACAGUGUAUAUUGCAUUAGUUGAGGCUUCGUGUAGUUUAGGCCAUAGUUGUUGAUUUCCAAUGUAUAUCUGGGUCAGGUGUUGAAAACACGCUGGCCAAAAUACCUCUGUUCCUUUUUCCUCUCUAGGAUAUUUAUCGAGAGAGCGUACCAUCAUCGUCUCUACAGCAACAAAAGUUGAGGGUCUGUGAAGUGUGUGCUGCUUAUCUUAGCUUGUAUGACAAUGAUCGCAGGUUUGUAUGAAUGGUCAUUGAAACAGCCCUUUAGUUCUGGUUGGUAAGGUUAGAAAAGGUUUCAACAGUUUUCCUUUUUGCUACUUAACCAGGAGGACCGGUUUGCAUAAGCCCCUGCAGAAGUAGUGCAUGUGCCAGUAGAUUUAGCAACAGUCUUUGAAAUUGGUAUCAUGUUAAUUAAAACCCCAGCAAGUAUACCAUUUCAGUUGUAUCUUUGUUGCCAGGGGAUAUUCCAAUACCACUUCAUUAUUCCGCCCCCGAGAGGGACUGGGAAAACGCCGUACAGGUACUAGGCAAGGAUUAUACUAUAGCUCUUGAUGGUAUGUGGUUUGUACCGUGAUGGAGAUAAUUUGUAUUCAGAGAUACCAUCGCCUCUGCGCGCAUAGCAUGCCUUUAUGUAAAGUUCGCGUAAUGGUCUUCCCUUAUGUCUCUUAUCUGUAGAUCUCAUCAAUUGCGACUUCAGCAAAAUAACUUUCAAUAUUUUCUAUUUCUUGUUUCCAGGUUAGCUGAUCACUUCGGUGGAAAACUUCACAUGGGAUUCAUCAAGAUUCGCGACAGACUGAAAGAACUACAGGUACUUCCGGUGGUUUCCAGGGCGAGAAGUCUAGUGAAUCAUACUGGUUUGCGUUUGUUGACCAUCUGUUUUCUACACACAUAGUGUUGAAGAACAUCUGAAGCUAUACCAACAAAUCAAAAUUAAUGUAAUGGGCUUUAUUGAUAUUUACAUACCACCAUACCAGUUCGUAGUACUAGUUAGUGUCCUCAAAAGCGAGAUUCCGAAAUAGAAGCGCACAUUUCCAUUCACCAUUUUCACUAAGACCUUAAGUUUACUUGUUUGCCCUCCCCUCUCCCCCCCCCCCCCCCCCCCCCCCAACAAAAAAAUUAUCGUGGAGGGUGUUUUAUAUUUUCAAACCACCCACACACUGCCUUGUACUAAUUUUUCGCCCCCCAAACGGGAAUUCUCCAAAAGAGACCCCCUUUUCCUUUUCCCCUUUUCCCCAAACCCCUAAAUUUUUUUUUUUUCCCCCCCCCCCCCCCCCCCCCCCCCCCAGAAAAGAAAAGUUUGUAAAACUAAAACUUUUGUCAUCGAUUCCUUUUGGGACGACUGUAAUUUUUUUUUUUUUUUUUUUGAAGGGGAGGGGGGAAUAAACAAGGUGCAUUAUGGUCUCGGUGAAAAGGGUACCUUAGGAAAAAAAUGCUAUGUAUAAGAGGGUUAACGUGCAUCAUUUGUGAGAUAGUCAUAAAUGUAUAAUGGCCUGAAGCAAUUGAAAUAUAUUUUACAUUUCUUUUUUUUUGUAUGUGACUCCGGAAAAGGGAGAGUCCUUCACAGCGAGAGUUAAUUUCGGUCAUAAGUCUGUCAUUUAUUUUUGGCUGAGAUUUAGCCAUCGUUCGUAUCACUAUCAGGGUUGUCCGCAUGACCAAAGUUGACUUACACCUCAUUAAAAUACUCCUGAAAAGUAACCCUCUGUUGCGGUUCAUCCGUUAUGGGAAUAGUUUAUGAAAUUUUCUUUCAUCGCGAAGGCGUAAUGCAUGUGGUUUUCCUUUCGCUGUCUCUAGGAGGGGGUAGCUAAAAAACGCUCCGAGAGAGAAAUGGAGCGCAUGCGCAGACGGGAGGAACGAGAACGUGAGCGGGCACAAGAAAAAAUGGAACGGGAAAAAAGGAUGAGAGAAAGAGAGCGCGAAAGAGAAAAAGAACGGUUGGUAUCGGGUGUUCCUUAUGAAUCUUGGAUAAAUACUUUUACAAUUAGGAAACUUGUAACUAAAGGUAACUUCUGAGUUAAAGAUUACUUUGAAGGUGAUGUUACACGCAACGAUUCACAACGACGAUUUUUAGCGCAACACAGCGUUGCAAUGUUGGAACAGUGUUGUAACUAUUCGAAACAAUGUCGCAACAAUGUUGCAACGCUGUGUUGCGCAAAAGAUCGUCGUUGCGAAUUAUACUGCUUGCAGUCCGCCUUUUCUCUCAAAAUCCGUCUAGUUCUUGAUCUCAUCCAGCGCGAUUGACCACCACGAGCGGCUUUGCGUGUAGUAACUUUGCAAAGAAAAACAAGAGACUGCUCGCAGUCUAUUGCGUAUCGUCUCGUGUAACAUCCCCCUAAGAUUUAGUGAUCGUUCGAGAGGCUACAUUGAGCUCUCGAAAGACUAUUGGAUGUGAUGUCCAAGAACCUUGUAGGGGGUUUUUAACGAGUCUUGUCUGCUGUGUUGUGUAAAUCGUCUUCCUGGCGCCUGGAUAUCAACUGAAAAACUUCUCGUGUUUGAUAUACGGUCGAACCUCUCCUAAGCGACCACCCAAAAUGCGAGUGGUCGCUAACGAGAAUUGAUCCACAAGGGGUGUUCUUCCUAGAAGAGGUUUGAACACUUCUACAUUUUUGAAGAGAUUCAUUGAAUGCAAUUUCUUAGUUACAAUAUGUGUAGUUUCGUGUGGUCACUAAACGUUCUUCGCAUACUUCCGGAAGUACAUUCAGCGAACAUGGGGAUAAACCAUGCGCAAGGCGGCCGCUUAAACGAGGGCAAAAAGAAUGGAAAAUUCUAAAACUGUCAUCCAAAAAAGUCUUUGCGGUCUCUUAUGAGCCGCUCCAACUGUAGUGAAUUGACUGGGAAAAUUUUGGUGUUUUGGAUAGGUGGUCGCUUACGGGAGUGUUUCCUUAUUGAGGCUCGAUUGUAUCACUUUGCACAUUAUUUAAUUCCCUCUUUUGUUCAAUACUUGAUCUUUUGAUUUAAAAAAAAAAAAAAAAAAAAAAUUAAAUUUUUUUUUUUUUUUUAUGGAAUUUUAAGGGAAAAAGAAAAAAGUUGUAAAUAAACUGGUUAAAAAUACCAAAUGGUGGGAGGGAAAACAAGGGGUUUUUUUGCAAGGGGACCCGGGGUUUUGGAUCUGGGGGCACCGGGAAAAAAUCCAAGUGACGGCCAGGGCGGCCCCUUCCAACGCUGCCUCGCUGAGCUAUAAAAGGUCAAACAAGGGAAAAGUGGUGACAGUAACUUUGAUUUCAUAUUUUGGCCUUUUUGUUUGACACGAAGUGCUUCUUUUUUCCUUUUUGAGGUCCGAUUGUUUUACUUUUACCUUUAUUUUAUUCCCUCUUUUUUUAAAUACUUGAUUUUUUGAUUUAAAAAAAAAAAAAAAAAAAAACUUAAAUUAUCCUCUCUCCUUAUGGGACUUUUCAGGGAUAAUGAAACAAGUGUGACAUAACAUGGUUAAAAAUACCAACUGGUAGGAGGCAAACCAGUUGGUUAUUUUACAAGCGUGACCGAGGAUUUGAACUCGGGACUACCGUGAACAAAUCCAGUUAGCGGUCAGGGCGUGACUUGAACUCGGGGCCUCCGGAUUACAAGUCCAGCGCUCUAACCACUCGGCCACGCUGCCUCGCUGAGCUAUAAAAGGUCAAACAAGGGAAAAGUGGUGACAGUAACUUUGAUUUCAUAUUUUGGCCUUUUUGUUUGACACGAAGUGCUUCUUUUUUCCUUUUCUAAGCAGAAGUCGCCGUCGCCGCAGCAGAAGCCGAAGUAGAGAGAGGAGAAGAAGAAGAAGGUGAGACUUGUAAGAUAUUUGUGUUGUGUACAAAUCCUGAGUGCUAAGCACGGUGCUUUUGUUCAAAUUGCGACUGGCUACAAGCGUGGUAAGCAAAUGUAUUGAUAUUCUAUGGAGCAGCUUGUUUACCUUCAUACUAUUAAUAGGGAGCUUUAGCAACGACGACGACAACGGCAGCGAGGACGUAAAAAACGCGAUAGGUUUACGUUAGCAAAACAACAACUCUGUACGUGCAGAACACUUUUUUGUACACUUCUGUGCCGUCACUUUACGACUAUAACGUGAAAUCCCUCCAGCGACGUUUCACGGAGGACGUAAACACAACACGAGUGACGACGAUUUUUUCUUUUCCCCUCUAAACGUGGGUUCGGUCCCCAAAGAUUCAAUUCCAGGGAAACUAACUUGGUUUUGACAUUCAAAGCGAGUUGAAAUAAUCCCGAAUAAUGUGCAAAAAGCGCGAAAACGUUUUAAUAGUCAUGUUUUCGCUACCGUCGCUGUCGUCGUUGGUAAAGCUCCCUAUUAAUAUGCAAUUACAGAAUGUUGCAUCACGUGAACAAUUAAAUUUUACCUAGAGGGAAAAAAUGGUCAAAUCACAAGAGGAUAGGGUUUUAUAAGCCAACAGAAUUACAAUAACCUAGAUGAAAAGGAAGCGAAGUUUAUUGCUUGGCGGAGGCAACAAACAAAGCUACUUCCCUAUUAUGAUUUGAUAGAACAUUAGGUAACGGACAAGGAGUUACAGAGCUAUAAGACCUUAAAGUGCCUCAUGGCUGGUAUUAAAGUCUAUGUUAUCAACCCUUUCGGCCCGCGCGUGAGAACGCCUAGGGCGUGCGAGCUCGCGCGUUCGAUUUUGCCUUUUUCUCCUUCCCCCUUCUUUUAUGAACGACUGCCACGCGUGCUUUUGAUAUCUCGUAGUUCUUGAACAGUAUUACCCCAUGUUUGGAGAAGAACUGACAGUGUUAAUUUGAUUGAAAAUGAUUUUCAGGAGUCGGUCGAGGUCAAGGUCCCGUUCCAGAUCGCGAUCAGGUUCUAAGUCUCGUACGAAGAGCAACAGGACGUCUUCCCGCCGCUCUAGAUCCCGGUCCCGCUCUGCCUCCCCGAAAAAACGCAGUAAAUCACCGCGACGGUCUCCGUCAAGAUCGCGCUCAAGAUCUAGAAGCUAG